AUUAACAAUUAAGAGAAUAAAACAAUUUAAUUUAAUUAGAAAAUUAAAAUUAAUUAACAUUUAAACUGUAGUUAAUUGUUUUCAAUUUGUUUAUUAUGAAUACGACCGGAGUUUCAGUCCUUUCGAAAACGAUAUAUUGCCAGCCGUUCCCCUUGUAGUUAAGAGUCCAUACCUGUCCACAUGGAUGACCGGUCGCCAGUUGAUGGGCCAAUGGACACCCUUUUGGAACGGAGACACUAAAGGUAUGGCCGGUUUGGUGAGAGUGAACGGACAGACCUACGAGUUUAUGGGUCACCCGACUCAGGACAACAUCGGCACCAAAUUUCAGGCCAAACAGGUGUCCCUUAAGGUGACUCCCACUCAGUCUAUAUUCACGUUCAAUGCCGGCCCCAUCGCACUGGCAGUCAAUUUCUUCACACCCAUCGACCCGACAGAUCUCAAGCGACUGUCA